GGGCCGGCUGGGCUCGUCGUUCUAGAACUCGCCGCGCAGCCGCCUCAGCCAUGGAGGAGACGGUCCAGCCACUCCGUCCAGUCAUGCAGGUACAGGAAGAUGGAGACUACAUUAUCCCUUUUGCCAAGUGUUCCAGGGUGGUCAGUCGAUCGCCACUACUCAGCUCACCUGCUCAGAGCCUCAGAAUGACGCCUCAGCGCUAUGGAGACAUCUUCUGGGAGAACCUUAGUAAAAGGCCCAGCCCCAUCUGGACGGAGGAACGGUGCUUUCCACCUGUGCUGCCACAGGUCGGCUUGUACCCUCCGGAGGGACUCCCACCCCCUGAGAUGCUUUGCAGAAGAAAGAAAAGGAAGCCUCAUUCCACAGGAGUCCAGCAGGGACCUGGGGGUGUCCCAGCCCGGGUGAGGGCUGUGACUUAUCACCUGGAGGAUCUCCGGCGGCGCCAGGGAAUCAUAGAUGAACUGAAGAAGGCCCAGUGGGGCAGCUCCGGGGCACCAUCUGAGUCCCUUGUGCUUGGUGACGAGGGCCCAGGCUUCCUGGACACCGCCAAGGGCCUUGGUCUGGAAGAGGAGAGGGCAGUAGGUCUGCGGGAAGUCGGCCAUCCCCUCACUUCUGGUGGGGCCCAGCUGCUUUGGUCUCCCUGGAGUCCCCGGGGCCAGGAGUCUUGCCUCUACAGGGGACAGCGCUCCCUGCCCUCCUAAAGCCUGGCCACAGCCACAAGACCCCUGUUCAGGCCCUGGGAGAUGGAAUUUGGGUCUGAGGAGUAAGGAGAGUGUCCAGGGCCCAAGGUAGCUCUGCUACCUCCUGGAUACCAGCCUAGCUCCCCGUUUCUGACGUCCAGGUCUUUUCCAGCUUCCUUGGUCACCGUUGGGCGUAGGCAUUAGCAGCCCACCCCUGCCCAGGAGCGCCCCCAGGGCCGCCCCUGGUAUCGUGCUUUCUUCUCGGUUCUGUUAUUAAAAGCAAGCA